AUCACCGCCUACGAGCGGUCGCAUGCUUUUCCACCCACCCCAAAGAACUUCAAUAAAACCCUCUCCUUCUCUUCGACAGAAGAUAGAAGUCGAACUCUGAACAAUAAACCCAACAGAGAUUCGCAUCGAAUAGUUUAGAUUUAGAAUCGAUAGAGAAGAUGCCAGGUCUUACCUGCAACGCGUGCAACAAGGAAUUCGGGGACGAUUUACAGCAGAAGCUCCAUUACAAGUCUGAAUGGCACCGUUACAAUCUCAAGAGGAAGGUUGCAGGGGUUCCAGGAGUAACUGAAGCAUUAUUUCUUGCUAGACAAUCUGCACUAGCCGAAGAACAAAAUAAGCUAAAUGAGACCCCCAUGCUUUACAGCUGUGGUCUUUGUGGCAAGGCAUAUAGGAGCUCCAAGGCUCAUGCUCAACAUCUUAAAUCACGGACUCAUAUUAUGCGGGCUUCCCAGACAACAGAUGGCCAUCAAAUUGUUGGGGAUACAAUAAUUAGGCCACUCCCAAAUCGUGUCACAAAUAAGUCUCCCCAAGAGGAGGUAAACAAUGAAGAAAGUGGAGAUGAGUGGGAGGAGGUUGGAUCCGAUGAUGAUUUAGUUGGAGAGGCGACAGCAUCUUUGACCCAUUUGAAUGUGGAAGAGCCUCCCUCAGAUGAUGAUAUGGAUGAGGACGAGGAGUUUGAACCAUCCUGUUGCUUCAUUUGUGAUAUGAAGCAUGGAACCAUAGAAAGUUGCAUGGUACACAUGCACAAGCAGCAUGGGUUCUUCAUCCCAGAUAUUGAGUAUUUAAAGGAUCCCAAAGGCCUCCUUACCUAUCUUGGCCUUAAGGUCAAAAGAGAUUUCCAGUGCUUAUAUUGCAAUGAUGGGUGCCAUCCGUUCAACAGUUUGGAAGCUGUGAGGAAGCACAUGGUGGCAAAAAGUCAUUGCAAAGUGCGUUAUGGUGAUGGGGAUGAUGAUGAGGAAGCAGAGCUGGAGGAAUUUUAUGAUUAUAGCAGCAGUUAUGUGGAUACAAAUGGGAAGCAGCUGGUUGCUGUUGAUGAAAUGUCCAACACUGUUGAACUUGGAAGUGGUGGAUCUGAGCUAGUGAUAACAAGAAAAGGGGAAGAUGGGAUAUUGACCAAAACUCUUGGUUGUCGAGAAUUUAUGCGCUACUAUCGCCAGAAACCUCGACCGUCUUCAACAAGGGAUGUUUUCCUUGCUGCUGCAUUGGCUUCGAGGUACAGGAGCAUGGGCUUGGUGACUGUGCAAUCCAGAGAACAAGUUGUAAGGAUGAAGGUGCUUCGGGAGAUGAAUAGGUCUGGGGUACAAGCAAUGCAAGCAAAGAUUGGAAUGAAGAGUAAUGUCAUUAAGAACCUCCCCAAGAAUGUCCCAUAUUGAUCCUGGGCUGAACUGAAUGAACCCUUUCUCGGAAGUAGAGUGUUAUUACCUAUUUUUAUGGCUUAUUGAAGUUCGAGGUUAUAAAUUUGCUCAACUGAUCACUAAAUGACUGAAAUAUGGUGACUUGUUUAGGCAUGGUUUUCUUGAGACACGAUUAUGCGUCUGAUGGUUUUUUGAGUUAUCAACUUCUGAGCAAAUUUUUAUGUUUGA